AUGGCAUCUAAAGGAUUUAGUGACUGGAAAAAUAUUUUGGAACGGCUUAAGAAGCACGAGACUAGUCAUGAGCAUAUUAAAUGCAUGAGUCAAUGGAUGGAACUUGAAUCGAGGCUCAAGAAAGAUCAAACGAUCGAUAAGCAUGUGCAACAAGAACUAAGGAAAGAGAGAAUUUAUUGGAAAGAUGUGAUGCUUAGAAUAUUUUCGUUGGUAAAGACUCUUGCUAAACAAAAUCUAGCAUUCCGUGGAAGAACAGAGAAGCUAAAAGCAGAGGGUAAUGGGAAUUUCUUAAGUUUUAUUGACAUGAUGGCUGAGUGGGAUCCGGUAAUGAGGGAACAUGUUAGGCGGUAUGAAGAUGGUGAAUCUCGUUACCAUUAUCUCAGCAAUAAAAUUCAGAAUGAACUGAUAACAAGGAUAGCAGAUGAGAUCAAGGGUAUAAUCAUAAAAAAGAUCCAAGGUGCGAAAUAUUUUUCUGUCAUUGUUGAUUGUACUCCAGAUACUAGUCAUCAUGAACAGAUGACUCUUAUUCUUCGAUGUGUUGAUGUUUCAACAUCUUCAGCUAAGAUAGAAGAAUAUUUUCUCACGUUCUUGAUAGUUGAUGACACGUCUGGAGAAGGGCUUUUUCAUGAGAUUCAGGAUGUGUUGGUUGCUCUUGAUUUAAAUAUUAAUAAUGUGAGGGGACAAGGAUAUGAUAAUGGGUCUAAUAUGAAGGGGAAACAUAAAGGAGUACAAAAGAGAUUCAUUGAUGUCAAUCCACGUGCAUUUUAUACUCCGUGUGAUUGUCACAGUCUUAAUCUUGCACUUUGCAAUAUGGCGACCAUUUCUGAAAAAGCAAUUUCAUUUUUUGGGAUAAUCCAGCGUAUAUAUUGUCUAUUUGCAUCUUCAACUAAGCGGUGGAAGAUAUUGGAAGAUAUGGUGGGAGGUUUGACUGUUAAAAAUUUAUCACAAACUCGAUGGGAGAGUCAUGUUGAAUGCGUUAAGGCAAUAAGGUUUCAAGCUCCAAAAAUAAGAGAUGCUUUGAUUUAUAUAGCUGAAACUACUAAUGAUCCAAAAGCACGAAGUGAUGCUGAGUGUCUUGCGACAAGUGAAACACAUGGGAUUGGAAACUAUGAAUUCUUGUUGUCUAUGGUGAUUUGGUACAAACUUCUAUUUGCUGUUAAUACCGUAAGUAAGAGUUUGCAGUCACAAGACAUGGAUAUUGAAGUUGCUGUUUCCCAAGGUCCAACAAAUAGCAGAAUCUAUGGAGAUUGA